CGGAAGGCGGAGCGGAGGCGGAGGGCGGAGGGAGUCGGCGCAAGAUGGCGGCGGGAGGGGCCGAGGCUGCGGCUCUGGCCGCCGAGUGAGGGGCGGGGGGGCCCGGGGGCGCGCGGCCCGAGACCCCCCCGGCCGCCCUCCUUCCCUUGUUCCUGUGGCUGGGGGGGUACCCCCUCCCUCCACACCAUGGAGCCAUCUCCUUUAUCUCCUGGCGGGGCAGCACUCCCCCUGCCUCUAUCGCUGGCCCCGCCCCCACUGCCCCUGCCUGCAGCUGCAGUGGUACACGUGUCCUUCCCUGAGGUGACCAGUGCCCUCCUGGAGUCCCUCAACCAGCAGCGGCUACAGGGCCAGCUCUGUGAUGUAUCCAUCCGAGUGCAGGGCCGGGAAUUCAGGGCUCAUCGUGCUGUCCUGGCUGCCUCCUCCCCUUACUUCCACGACCAGGUCCUACUCAAGGGCAUGACCUCCAUCUCGCUGCCCAGCGUCAUGGAUCCAGGAGCCUUCGAGACUGUCCUGGCUUCAGCUUACACUGGCCGCCUCAGCAUGGCUGCUGCUGACAUUGUCAACUUCCUUACAGUGGGGUCUGUGCUCCAAAUGUGGCACAUCGUGGACAAGUGCACUGAACUUCUCCGUGAAGGCCGGGCUUCAGCCACCACCACCAUCACCACUGCUGCAGCCACCUCGGUCACUGUCCCUGGUGCUGGGGUUCCAUCAGGGAGUGGGAGCACCAUGGCCCCUGCUACCAUGGGCUCUGUGCGCUCCCAUGCCUCCAGCCGGGCCAGUGAGAAUCAGUCCCCUAGCAGCAGUAACUACUUCAGCCCCCGAGAGUCCACUGAUUUCUCAUCUUCCUCCCAAGAGGCGUUUGCAGCCUCUGCAGUGGGCAGUGGGGAACGUCGAGGAAGUGGCCCUGUAUUCCCAACCCCUGUGGUCUGUAGUGGGGGAGCUACCUCUGGGAAGCUGCUGCUGGAGGCAGAUGAGCUGUGUGAUGAUGGUGGGGACGGGAGGGGUUCAGUGGUCCCUGGGGCUGGGCUCCGUCGGCCCACCUAUGCACCCCCCAGCAUCAUGCCACAGAAACACUGGGUAUAUGUUAAGCGGGGUGGAAGCUGCCCUGCACCAGCACCCCUGGUUCCCCAAGACCCAGAUCUGGAAGAGGAGGAGGAGGAGGAAGACCUGGUGUUGACCUGUGAGGAUGAUGAAGAUGAAGAGCUGAGAGGUGGCUCCAGGGUUCCAGCAGGGGGAGGACCUGAGGCUACCCUUAGCAUAAGUGAUGUCCGGACUCUGACUGAGCCUCGGGACAAGGGAGAGGAGCAGGUCAAUUUCUGUGAGUCCUCCAAUGACUUUGGUACAUAUGAGGGUGGGGGUUCUGGGGCAGGGCUUGAUGAUUCAGGGGGACCCACCCCUUCCUCCUAUGCUCCCUCCCACCCUCCACGGCCCCUACCUCCCUUGGACAUGCAGGGCAACCAGAUCCUAGUCUUCCCAUCCUCCUCCUCCUCACAGGCUCCAGUUCAGCCGCCAGGGAUCCAAGCUGAACACGGGGCUGUGACCCUGGGGCCUACAUCAGCAGGGGGCCCGGGCAUGCCCUGUGGCACUGGUGGAACCCCUGGAGGGGCAGGGGGUGGGGAUGGGAAUAAGAUCUUUCUGUGCCACUGCGGAAAGGCCUUCUCCCACAAGAGCAUGCGCGAUCGGCAUGUAAACAUGCACCUCAACCUGCGGCCCUUUGACUGCCCUGUGUGCAACAAAAAGUUCAAGAUGAAGCACCACCUGACCGAGCACAUGAAGACGCACACAGGUCUCAAGCCCUACGAGUGCGGUGUCUGCGCCAAGAAGUUCAUGUGGCGAGACAGCUUCAUGCGUCACCGGGGACACUGCGAGCGUCGGCACCGCCUGGGCGGGGGUGGGGCAGGACCCGGACCCGGGGGAUCCACGGGGCCAAACUUGCCACCCAAGAGGGAGUCCCCCGGGCUGGGCGGGGGAAGCGGCGAUGAGGCUUGUGGUAACACGCCCCCGUCCAACCGGCGGGUCUUGUCCCCAUCCAGCGUCCACAAGGUGGAGAUAGGCUUCAGUGGGGGCGGAGGAGCAAACUGAAGGGACCGGCUACCCCCUGUAGCUUUCAGGAAAGAGGGAGUAGGGAGCACUUGCCAGGGGCGCUGUGGUCCCCAGCUGAUCUCCCACCACACUUACUGUCUUCCAUAUCUCUAUGGACUUGUAUAUAUUCUGGAGGGGGAACCACGUUGCACCAUCUGCCACCCCAUUCCACUCCUCAAACCCCUUUCCCACCAACUAUCCCCCGGAACUAGGCCCUUUCUUCCCCUCGGACAGGUACACUGAAGCCCCGGCUUCAGAGCAGGGCACAGGUUGUAGGGGGGAGAGAGAGAGGGGGCCUGUUGAACGUCUUGGAGUCGCAGGGUCAAGGGUUAGGUGGUUGUAGUCUGUACCUUAAGUCUGUGUUUGUGUUGUUGUGGGGACCAGGCCUUUGAGCCCCACCCUUAUUCUAAGUGUACCCCAACCCUUGAAGGGUAUGCUGUUUAUUUUUACCCUAGCCCUUGCCCCCCACCCCCAACUGUACUGUCACUGCGGAGGGAGUGGAGAGGAAUGAGUAAGUCGAAGGGGUACAAGGUUUUUAUUUUAAAUCUUAUUUUUUUUAAACGGUGAUUAAAGUAUUUAUUGGUCAUUUCA